UGAUCAAUCUGAUUAUCAGAAAUUCUGAUUCAUUGAAUCAUUGUUGCUAUUGAAUUUCAAUGAUAAGUUGUCGGCAUUUCUUCAAGUUUACAAAUCAAUCAUUACUUAUAAUUUAUAAGUGAAUUAUGUCAUUAAAUGAUUUACCCGAUUAUUGUCUUUGGAAGAUCUUCGAAAAUAUCGAUGAGGCCAAAGAUUUGAUUCGAUUGUCUAAAGUUUGUUCGAGAUGGUCCGAUUUAAUUCAAGAUUCGAGAUUCAAUCGAGUAAAAUAUCUGCAAAUAAUGUAUGGUAAAGUGGAUUAUAUCGAUGUGAACUAUUUGCGGAUUAAUUUUAAUACGAAUUGGAAUGAUUACAAUUUAGUUGAAUUGUUUCCGAACCUUAAGAUCAUAGAUGGUGUGUUCUUUGUCAAUCAUCCAUCUCACAAUUUACUAAAAAUUUUCAAGAAUAAUACACAAAUGAAGGGAUUGCUUCUUAAAGAUAUAGAUAUGAGUAAUUGCGGCUUGAGUAGAAAUGGUUACCUCGAAAAUGUCGAAAUGUGCGCUUUGGAGCAUGAUUUCGAUUAUAAAAAAGUUUUUCGACCUGAUCAGUUGAAACAAGUUUACGUUUACAAUUUUGAUAUGAAUGAUCUUCCUUCAUUCAUUAGAUAUUUUCCUAAUUUGAAGCGAUUCAACCUGAGACUCGUUCAAGCGGACGGAGUUUUUUACAAUGGACCGAAUCUGUCUUCGUUGAAGAUUCUGGAACUUGAUUCAACCGAUUGGGUUAAACAAUUCACGGGAUUCCAUUUCAUGGAUUUUUGUCCAUCUUUGGAAAGCGCUUUCAUCCAUUAUUGGGCAAGAGAUAUUUAUGUAGAUGAAUCAAUAAAGAAUUACAAUUUAAGAGAUUUGGUUUUCGAUAAUAUUAUUUCUCAUUUUUUUUCGUGGCCGGUAUUUAAAAACUUGUUGUCCAAGUUUCCUAAUUUACAUCAUCUAGCGAUCAGAGAUUUUUAUCAGCUUGAUGAUAGUAAUUUAGAAGAAUUGAUAAAAUUAUUACCUGAGUUGAAGAUAUUGGACUUGAGAGGAUGUACGAAUUCCACGCACGUAUCAGCUGAUAUUCUGUCCAAAUUUUGUGUCAAAGAGAAUCGAUCAAUCGCAAUAUAUUACGAUUGUGAAAACGAACCCACCGAAUGGCCUAAAUUGGUAAAAACUUACGAUCGAAUCUGUUGUGGAUUAGAUUUCAUGAAACAUUGUUUCUACAAAAAAUACAAAUGUCUACCAGAUCUCAUUGAUGAAUAAAAAACAACUGACUUUAAUCAAUCAAAAAGUUAAAUAAAUCAUAAGGUUUAUUAUUCACUAUAAAUCUUGAUGAAUAAAAAUCGA